AUGUCGAACACCAUCAAGCAGGCCGCCGAGGCAGCAAGGUCCAAGACCUCAGAAGUCAUGGGUUCGGCAAAGAAUGUCCAGAGCGAGGGCGCUGCUGUCGCCAAUGAUUUCCUGCACACACCGUACAUGAGGGCGGCAUUACCCUUCAUCAACGGCGGACUCAGUGGAAUGGUUGCAACAUCAGUCAUCCAGCCAGUCGACAUGGUCAAGGUUCGAAUCCAACUGGCUGGUGAAGGUGUGGCGACGGGCCCAAAGCCAACGCCCCUCUCCGUCACGCGCGAGAUCAUCGCCAAGGGAAAGGUUCUUGACCUGUACACUGGCUUAUCGGCUGGUCUUCUGCGACAAGCUGUCUACACGACCGCGCGCAUCGGUUUCUUCGAUACCUUUAUGGGCCAGCUGACGGCCAGGGCCAAGGCGAAAGGCCAACAGAUCGGCUUCGCAGAACGGGCCACAGCAGGCCUGUCAGCCGGUGGCAUCGCCGCCAUGAUCGGCAACCCGGCCGACCUGGCCCUGAUCCGAAUGCAAAGUGACGGCCUGAAACCUGUGGAUCAGCGCAAGAAUUACAAGUCGGUCAUCGACGCCCUGUCACGCAUCGCGAAGAGCGAAGGCAUUGGCGCCCUAUGGGCAGGCGCAGCUCCGACGGUCGUGCGGGCGAUGGCGCUCAACUUUGGGCAGCUCGCGUUCUUCAGCGAGGCCAAGGCGCAGCUCAAGACGCGGACAGAGUGGUCGGCGCGCACGCAGACGCUGAGCGCCAGCGCCAUCGCUGGUUUCUUCGCGUCCUUCUUCUCUCUGCCGUUCGACUUUGUCAAGACGCGGCUGCAGAAGCAGAGUAAGGGCCCCGACGGCAAGCUGCCAUACAAGAGCAUGGCCGACUGCUUCGUCAAGGUCACUAAGCAGGAGGGCUUGCUGCGCUUUUACCGCGGCUUCGGCACGUACUACGUGCGCAUUGCACCGCACGCCAUGGUGACGCUCAUCGUCGCGGAUUAUCUUGGCUGGCUCACCAAGUAA